CGCUGUCCGGCCACGCGAUCCGGCUCCGGCUCCGGCUCGAGCUCCUCCUCGCGUGCUUGCGCUGGGGGUAGAUUGGUGCUUGAAGUAAAUACUGAAAAUGGUUAGUGCGAGGUCACUGGACGGGGAGUUGGAUUCGUGCUUCAGGAACCUCACGGUGUCUCGUGGCGGUGGAAGGGGGCAGGCUGAAACUGGUGGUGAUAUGCCUACAUUGUCAGGUUGGAAGGACCUUCCGAUGGAGCUGCUCAUGCGGAUUAUAUCAGUUGUUGGAGACGAUCGAAUCGUCGUUGUGGCAUCCGGUGUUUGCACUGGCUGGCGUGACACGUUAGGAUGGGGGGUCACUAAUCUUUCCCUCUCAUGGUGCCAGCAGAACAUGAAUAAUUUAACAAUAUCAUUUGCUCACAAGUUCACAAAGCUUCAGGUUCUCACUCUUCGCCAAAUCAAACCUCAGCUUGAAGACAGUGCAGUAGAGGCUGUUGCCAACUACUGUUACGAUCUACGUGAGUUAGACCUCAGCAGAAGUUUCAGGCUUAGUGACCGCUCACUGUAUGCACUGGCCAACGGAUGUCCUCGGCUUGCAAAACUUAACAUCAGUGGAUGUUCCAGUUUCAGUGACAGUGCCUUAAUAUACCUUAGUUGCCACUGCAAAAACCUGAAGUGCUUGAAUCUGUGUGGAUGUGUGAAGGCAGCCACUGAUGAAUCUUUGCAGGCCAUAGCCCGUAACUGCGCGCACAUGCAAUCUUUAAACCUAGGUUGGUGUGACAAUGUCACAGAUGAGGGGGUUACCAGUUUGGCAUCAGGUUGCCCUGAUCUGAGGGCCCUAGAUUUGUGUGGUUGUGUUCUUAUAACAGACGAGAGUGUUAUUGCUCUUGCAAGUGGGUGCCCUCACCUUCGAUCCUUGGGCAUGUACUACUGCCAGAACAUCACCGACCGUGCCAUGUACUCCCUCGCAAACAGCUGUGUGAAGAGCAAACGAGGGAGGUGGGGUGCAGUGAGGAGCAGCAGCUCAAAGGACAUCGACGGGCUGGCAAACCUCAACAUCAGCCAAUGCACGGCACUGACACCUCCAGCUGUUCAGGCGGUCUGCGACUCCUUCCCGUCACUCCACACCUGUCCUGAGAGGCACUCCCUCAUCAUCAGCGGCUGCCUCAGCCUGACGUCUGUUCACUGUGCCUGUGGCCUCCAGCGGCACCGUGCUGAAGGCACCCUGCAACCCACGAGCCAUGCCUACUGAGCAUUUGUGUCCGUGGUCUUGUUUCUGGUAAACACCAUCUGCCUUGUGGGGGGGAGUUCGGUCCUGACCUAGAGGAAGACAUGUACAUAAACUCGGAACUUGGUAAUGUAAUGUAUUAGGACUGUUGUAUCAGAGGGCUCUGUGUGUGAUUAGUCGACCAUUGAGUGGUUGGCUGGAGGGUUUCAUGCUCUCCCAUGUUCUGAAAACUGCCAAGAAAUGUUAUGUUAUGGAGUAUUGGAUUUCUCUGAAGAAGCUUGUGUAUUUAUUUUCA